CGGGCGGGGCCGCGGCCGUGCGCGGCUCCGAAGGCGGAAGGGGGCGCCGCGGGAGGGGGACUGUCGCCAUGGCGACCGCGGCGGAGGGCCUGCCCGAGGCCGGCGCGCAGCCCGCUAAGCAGGAUCCUGCUGUUGAAACAGCGGAGGAAGCUAAGGAACCAGCAGAGGCAGACAUCAAUGAACUCUGUAAAGACAUGUUCAACAAAAUGGCCACUUAUUUAACAGGUGAACUGACAGCCACCAGUGAAGACUACAAACUCUUGGAAAACAUGAAUAAGCUGACUAGCUUGAAGUACCUAGAAAUGAAAGACAUUGCUAUAAACAUCAGUAGAAAUCUGAAGGAUUUAAAUCAAAAAUAUGCUGCUCUUCAGCCGUACCUGGAACAAAUCAACCUAAUUGAGGAACAGGUUGCAGCUCUGGAGCAGGCAGCUUAUAAAUUGGAUGCAUAUUCCAAAAAACUUGGUAACUAUUUACAAAAAACUGGAGAAACGAUGAAAUUACAACAGUCUUUAAGUUGGAGUUCGACUAUGAGUCAGACUGAUUUCUGUUUAAGUUGCACAACAGCAAUUCUGUAUGUUGACAAGGAUUUGGUUACAGCUAACAUCAAGACUGGAUUGCAGGAGGGCCAUGAGGGGGCGAUGUGUCAGCAGAGAAAACUUCCAGAAGAUAAAGUGGUAAAGGCAAAAUAAGAACCACAUCUUGUUCCUGUUGAAAAAGUUACUUUUCUACGUAUAGAAAAUACAAUGCUAUUUUAAAACUACAAAGAUGAAAACCUCCAGGAACUCUGAAGAUUGAAAUCCAUCUAGCUGUGCAUUGCCAGCAAGUGCUUAGUGUUUUCAGGUAAGAGGGCUAAGAAAUAGCAGAUUCCUUCACAAACUCUUGAGUAUCCCAUGUCCAGGAAGCAGAAAUGGGAAGAGGAGCUUGUCCCACAAGUGACUCUUUAUUGGGAGGAAAUUUUAGAGACUGACUACCUGGCUGUCUGGAGGAUUGUGUGACAGUGGCGUCCCAGUUAGGCCAAGAGCUGACAGCUGUGUUCCAAGUUCUGUCUCUGAGCAACUAUUCCCCUCUCUACCUGAGGGGCCUCCGUGUGACUGGUAGACUCCAAAUCACGGCAAGGAUGGCAGGUCCUUGGAGAGUAGCACCACAGAAGAGACAUAGCUGGGUGUGUGUGAACAGAAUUGUACUGGUGAAAUGUAUAGUCCAAAAGCAGAGGUGCAACUUGGUUGCUGCUCAGACAUCUCACCUGGAGAGUCCAUGAGAAAUUCUAGAGGAGGUACAGAGGGAGACUAAAUCUCUAUCUCUUCUCUACUGCAGCAUUUCCUGGUGGAAAAUUGUCCUGGUUGUGGCUGGAAUAGAGUUUAUUUUCUUCCUAGUACCUGUUAUAGUGCUGUGGUUUGGAUUUAGGAUGAGAAUAAUGUUGAUAACACACUGAUGUUUUAAUUGUUGCUAACCAGUGUUUACACUAAGUCAAGGACUUUUCAGCUUCUCACACUGUCCCACCAGUGAGUAUCCUGGAGGGGCACAAGAAGUUGGGAGGAGACACAGCCAGGACAGCUGACCCAAACCGGCCAAAGGGAUAUUCCCAUACCAUAUGAUGUCAUGCUCAGUGUAUAAACUAGGGGGAAAGCUGGCUGGGCAUCGGUCUGCAGGUGGUGAGGAAUUGCAUUGUGCAUCACUUGUUUUGUAUAUUAUAUUAUUGUUAUUGUUAUUUCUUUUUUUUUUCUUUCCUUUUCUGUCCUAUUAAACUGUCUUUAUCUCAACCCACAAAUUUUACUUUUUUUUUCCUAAUUCUCUCCCCCAUCCCGCUGCGGUGGGGAGAGAGUGAGCAGCUGUGUGGUGCUUAGUUGCCAGUUGGGGUUAAACCGCGACAAAAAUAUAAUAAGAAAGUAGUGGGUGCUUGAAGGGAAGAACACGGAAGAGAACAAAGGGAGGGCUGACAGAGAGUUAAGGGGCAAAGUAUCUCAUCAAAGCAGUCUAUGCAACUGUUUUGGAGCUGAAGCAGUUCUUGAGGACUUGGACUGCAACUGCAAACCAGGGUGUGAAAAUCAGCCUAGCAAAUACAGCUCUUUAAGGAGAAUCAGAAGAAUUCAGUUCCAGAGGAGGAUUUUUUUCCUGGCACCUUGAGACAGCUGCUCUAACAGGUUACUCUGAAGUCACCCAACUUUCAGAGCAGUACUUCAUGGAGGUGUCCACAAUCUUCAGAAUGAGCUCUUAAAUCGUCAGUGGAAACUGCAACAUGUCCAACAGCUGAAAAACAGCUCUUCUUGAACAGAGUAUACUUUUAAACCUGGAACUGUGUGUUCAAUAGAAAUGUUUAAAGAUAUCAAUGGGGUGAUAAUCACAAGUGUAUAUAAUGGCCUGAAUAUAAACACAUUGUUGUAUUUGCAGCAUCCCAUCAGAAGACAAACAUAUAAGCAACAGUAAUAGGCGGAAGACAAGCAUGCUAUGAAAGUAUGACAGGGUUUGUUAAUGCAAGGUUUGUUAAUGAUUAAUGUUGUCCCUGCUUUCUGAUACUACAGUAGAACAAGGUUGACCUUAAAAAAGGUCACAGAGACUUAAAAAUUAAAGCAGUUCAUCCAA